UCGGUUUUGAGAAUGCGGCGUCGCGAUACAACGGAUUUGACAGUAAAAGACCCGUGACUAGCGCGCUCUUGACAAAACUUGGCAAAAGCUCGCACGUGGAAUUCGAGGUUGAACGAUGACUAUUUUACUACUUGUGUGUAUAAUUAUGCUGCGAUGUUUUCGUGUGACUGAUGGUCUAAUAUGUGAGUACCAUAACCAUGAAAACCCAGAUGCAAACAAGACUGAAGUUUGUGAUGGUGCCUUUCCGUUGUGGUUUUGCUAUGUACUUUGGCUUGAUUCCCCUGAUGGCCCCGCCUUACUGUACAGGGGAUGUGUCGACGAUGGAAAAUAUCAGGAUUUUAUCCAACCUUGUAAUAAGCCUGUCUGCAUUGAAACCCCAGAAUACAAUAGUACAUUAUCCUCUGAUAUCCAUGUCUGCUGCUGCAAUGAGGAUUUUUGUAACAAGAACUACAGUGUACCAAGGACAAAGACUCAUUGGUCGACUCCAAACAACCAUAGAAAGGAAACAGCAUUUACGCAGCCUUUGACAAUCACAGAAUUUAAGGAGACUAGAACAGGCAGCAGAAAAGCAAUCAUUUAUGCCCUCAUUGUGGUGCUGUCCCUUCUGUUGCUGAUAUUGAUAGUUGCGGUUUACUGCAUUGUCAAGCCAUAUCACAUGAAAGAGCCGAUUUCUGAACAAGCUGAUAUCCCUCGGGACAUUGGACAACCAGCCAACUCCAUAAAAGAAGCAGAAUUUGAGCAAAUGUUCGAUGCUGACUUGUCCAAGUUCCAUUUGAUUGCAAGUGGAACAUAUGGCCAGGUAUUGUCUGGUUUUUGGAAGGGCAAGGAAGUUGCUGUAAAACUCUAUACGAAUGACAAUGAAAAGUACUGGAGGAACGAAGUAAUGGUGUACAAAGCUAAAGGGAAUCAUCCGGGGAUAUGCAGGCUCAUCACCUCCGCGGUGAUAGGGCCUCGUCUAGCGAUCGUGACUGAGUACCAUCCAUGUGGUAGUUUGGCUAACUACCUAACACGUACAAGCGUGUCGUGGGCUGAAAUGUGCACCCUGGCCUCCUCUGCCGCCCGUGGACUAGCGCAUCUACACGACAUGGUGUCUAUAGAGGCAUACGCUCAUCGCGACCUCUGCAGCUCGAAUAUCCUGGUCAAGAGGGACGGCACAUGCGCACUUACUGACUUCCAGUUUACAAAGAAGUUAUCCACGAGAGACCUAAACAAAGUUGAACAGAUAGAGAUCGCUGGUACGAUGCGCUACUGGUCACCUGAGCUCCUCGAUCAAGCGAUUAGCUUUGAGUUUUUCUGCGAAUCUCUGUGCCAAGCAGACGUUUACUCUCUUUCCCUCAUUGUGUGGGAGAUUGUCAUGCGCUGCCGAGACAUCUACCCAGACUCAAUUGAAGAACAGGACAAAGACGACCUUGGGAAAUGUCUUGAAAACAGAGAACUUGAAGGAACAGUGCCGCACUAUCGACAGGCUUAUGAGGACGAACUCGGCAAGAAUACGACUCGUGCCGAGCUGGAUAAACACGUUCGUGUUCUCGGGCUAAGACCAGAGUUCCCUCGAAUCUUCCGACAACAAAACCCGGGAUCAUCACAGGCUCUAUAUAUAUUACGCCAGACGCUUGUGGAAUGCUGGGACAGUGAUCCAGAUGCACGUAUCCACCCUGCUCUGAUGGCUUUCCGACUUGAGGGAAUCUUGUCCGAAAAACCAGAGUUGAAAAACCGCGGAGAGCAGUGCAAGUGUGUCAGCAUAAUGAUCCACGAUGAUGAGGUUGGCCAAGCGCUAUAAGGGAUGCCCCACGAUUAUUUGAGCCUUAUAAGUGUCUCUGUUAGAAUAUCUUAUCCUUAUAAGGGAUUUCAGAUACACUGGCUGAUAAGAAGUUUCCGUUAGAUUACCCAAACCGUUAUAAAGAGUUUCUGUUAGAUUAUCCAAAACUGAUAAGGUGAAUUGUGUUAGUCUAUACAACCUUAUUAAGAGUUUCUGUUAGAUUAUCCAAACUUUAUUAGGGGUUUCUGUUAGAUUAUUCAAACCUUAUAAGGGGUUUCUGUUAGAUUAUCCAAACCUUAUAAGGGAUUUCUGUUAUAUUAUCCAGACCUUAUAAGUGGUUUCUGUUUGAUUAUCCAAACCUUAUAAAUGGUUUCUGUCCGGGAGGUUUCUUCCCAUGUAGUCCUGAUAGGGAUGCUCGUCGAAGGGGGUUUCUUAGAGAAAAUAGGCUUUUCUACUAGAAAUGGUAUUUUUUAGGGGCUCGCAGAAAGAGCCAACGUGUUCUAGAUUAUUUAUACUUCUAACUUCUAAAAAAACAUUUUGAAAAUUUGUCACGUGAGACUAUGUUAUAUACUUAA